AUGGACUUGAUCCGAGACGACGACGAGAGCAACAGCAUCUCGGCCAACCCGCCCGAGGGGUACGUCGAACCCGGGUGGCCGGCCUUGUAUUCGGCCUUGCACCAGGACCCGCAGUACCUCUACCAGCCCUAUGCCAUCGUAAGUCUACGGUCCUGCCUCCUUGGAUCGUCAGACACGGCUUGCUGACUGGAUCUGGUGUUCAUUCGCGCUCACAGUGGAGAUUGUGCGUUGGCGUGCCUGGGCGUGUUUUUCCUCUUCACCCGUUGCGGCCCGUUGCGGCCCCUUCCUGACCCUCUGCAUGCCGUCUCCAUCUUUCUCGUCAUUAGCACGCUGUACUGGACCCUCCUCUUCUACGGCUUUAUCUUUCUCGUCACCGGCCUGCUCCUGCUCCUCAACUUCACCAAACGGCACCCGCGCCUGACUUUGCUCUCGUUCGCUCUCUGGAUCCUCAGCUCCCUCCUCCUCGGGCUCAUAUCAUCGACCAUCGUCGGCUAUGCCCUCGCCGCCUUGUACAAUGCCGCGUUCUUGAGGAUGUCGACUUGGGUCCCACCGCUGUGGGGGGCCGUGCAGGUGCUGCUCUUGCUCUUUUCCGCCGCCGCGAAUGUGCCCUUUUUCACCGGAUGA